AUGGUUGAUGACGGAUGCCUGGUCGUGGGCGUACGUCCUGAUAAUGCGACGACGCGCAGCGCAAUGAGCUGCACCAGUGGACUGCAGCAGCAGCAGCAGCAGCGGCAGAUCGUUCGUGUCGGUAGUGUACCAGUGCCAAGGGACAUCAUAUCCGGGAAAGAGUUCCUGUCCAUUCUGAUGAAGCCAGCCGGUGACGCCGGUGUACGUACUACCUUUCCGUUGGCGACGGCUGAUCAAACGCACCUCAACCGUGGGUCCCGUAAGUUUCACCACGGCCUUCUGUACGACCAGUCGGACGACGAAACGAUACUACCGAUCGAGGCCCUGUUCACCUCGCAGGAAACUAGCGGCCAUACGAGGCCAUCAAACGCAGCCCCGAAUGAUCGACGCAAGCUGCCCGUCGUGUCGCGUAAUUCGAAGGCACUGGGUGCGACGGACGAGACCAAGCUAACGCCCGAACCGAUGGGCGCCACCGGAUGGCAGAUGUUGGCGGAGGUCGUAGGCGGCGUAACGUCGCUGCCUGAGAGUGCGGAGGGAGCGGUAACGGAGAAGGAGGAACCCUCGGAAAGUAGCGUGUUGGUGGAUCACCCUACGACAGUGAUCCCGACCGAACAGGCAAUUACUGAAACAAACAACGAACCUAGCAGCAGCCCGCUCGCAGAUCGGAGGCGAGUAGGCCUUUCGAUGGAGAAGACAUCGCCUAGGAUUGCGGUUAACGCCCCCGCUGCCGCCGCCGCCGCCGCCGCCGCCACCGACGGCGCCACCACUGUGAAAGACAAUUUCUCAAGCCGAGCGGUGCUCCCGCAAAGUUCCAAUUCGCAUCGCAGCGAGCUGUCCGUGGAAGAGAUUGAACCUACCGACGGCAAUAAGAGUCAGCCGGACGCGGCACAAACGUUGGUAGUGUCGGGGACCGAAGUAGAGACCCGGUCAACCGAGGGGCCACCGCUCUUGGCGGAUGAGCUAGUCGCCGGUGGGUCGCAUACACCGUCGGUCGUCGGCUCUCAGCGGUAUCGGAUGCAGCGUCAGCAGCAAACCAAGGAACCGCUGCAGACCGUGAUCUACCACGACAAGCGGCCAGAUGGCCGUGAGGCACAGGUGAAAUCGGUGUCGUACAGCUUCAUCGGCGAAACGGCAUCGACGCUAAAGACCUGGCGCGAUAUCAAUGCCGAAUAUUUGCCCGCUAUCAGCUCCAAGGGGCAAGCGGAGGGAGACAAGCAGGCAGGCACGGUCGAGACGACGACGACGACCCCGAAGGAGGGCGUCUCGCCGGAGCAGUCCUAUUCGCAGCCGGCAAAGUUCUACUCCACCCCGGCGCAGUUUUACUCGGAACCGGCCAAGAUAUACUCGGAACCGGCGCAGGUGUACGGCGUACCGGAGAGUGUCUACUCCGUGCCGGCUAAAGUGUACUCCGAGCCGGCGAAAGUGUACUCCGAGCCGGCCAAAGUGUACUCCGAGCCGGCUAAGAUCUACUCUGAGCCGGCCAAAAUUUACUCGCAGCCGUCGAGCUACUGGCAAAUGGUGUACGCCGUCGAAUCGACCACGAUAGCGGCUCCCUCGGAGACGUCAACCGGCCCCGCGUCCCCGCGCGCACAGAAGGCGAAAGACGAUUGCAAGGUGAUGGCGUCCUCCGACGAGCAAAGCCAACAGCAGCAGCAGCAGCAGCAGCAGCAGCAGCAGCAGCAGCAGCAGCAGCGCCAGCGAUACGUGUUCAACGAACUGGACAAGAUCCCGUACGAUCAGCUGAAUGCCCCGGUGAAGGGUGAUGCGUACGUGAUACAGGAUGUCAUCGGGCGCUUCGUACCGAAGCAGAUGCAUCCGAUCGGCAGCAGCAGCGGGGAGCAUCAUGAUGGUGCUGCCUCAACGGUACCACCGAUCGCAAAGGAAGCCAAACAGGCGGAGCCGCAACCGGAGCCUCAACAGCAAGCUCCACAGAACGUUGGGAAUGCGACCAGCGUCAGCAGUGGUCAAGCGACUCUGGCCCCAACGGUGGCCGGUGUCGGCGGGGAGGACUCCAAGAUUGGCUACGUGGUCGAGGGUCGCAACUAUCGGAAGUACCGCGUCGAGGAGAAGACACCGGACGGGUUCAUCGUCGGCGAGUACGGGGUGCUGAGCCACAACGAUGGGAACCUGCGCGGCGUCCGCUACACGGCCGACUCGGACAUCAACCCGCGCCUCAUCUACGAUACGCUGCUGAAGUUUCUCUCCCUCUAAAGCACGGACUGUGAGCAGUGCUGUGAGUGCUCGCUCGCCCAGCCCCAGGUUCCGAUGCAAAGUUCGUCAAGUCACGUAACACGUAACCAAAAAGAGCUAGAAACACUAAUAGCGGUCCUCCGACGAAGCACUGCUAGACGCCUCGCAUGGCGCAGGCGCAGCACACUGCCGCCGCCGCUGCACU